ACAGGAGGCGUGUCGCCGGCCCAAGCCUUCAUAAGGGAGUGUUUACCAACCUCCCGCACUGAGACGGUUGACGGGCGCGGAGUCGGAGCCAGCACACACCGGCGUGUCCUCCGAGUCCUCCAGCUGGUCGAGACACGCAGCCCCGGGGCUUUGGAUUACCGAGACACGGACACUUUCCCCGCUGCUGCCGCUGGAAACAAACACGACGGAUGUCAGUGUGGUGGUUAGAGAUGGGAGAGCGUUUUGAGCCUCUCCCCUCUGUAGGAUGGUAGCCGACAGCACAGUGGAAGGCCAAGACAAGACCCCCUUGUCAAGCUCAUCACCCUCUUUGUCCACGGCGUCAUCACCAGCCCGCACGGGGUUGGCGCAGCUUCAGCAGCGGGCCAAUCCAAACCCGAGCCUGAGAUCGCCAUCCGCCCGCUCUGUGUACCUGACCCACUUCCGUACUUUCGCCUCUAAGGAAGACUGUGACAUUAUCACAGACACAGCGGCCAAGCUCGAGCAGAGCGGCUUCUACUGGGGCCCGCUGGGGGUGGAGGACGCCCACCUCAUGCUACAGAAAGCCCCACAGGGCAGCUUCCUCAUCCGCGACAGCCGCCAGAAGGACGUCUUCUUCACGCUGUCCUACCACGGCAAGAGCGGACCGGUCAGCGUGCGCAUCGACUACAAGCGGCAAAAGUUUUCGCUGCAGGGCAACGAGCGCUCCUUCCCGACACUCUUCGCCCUCCUGGAGCAUUACAUCAACUCACCCAAGAAGAACCUGAGUGUCCCCUAUAGGAAAUGGGAGCCGACGCUGCAGGAGCUGUGCAGGAAGCGCAUCAUGGAGCUGUGCGGCGGAAAGAGCCAGAUUUCAGAACUCCCUGUCACACAUGUCGUCCAAGACUUCCUCUUGGAAUUCCCUUACAAACUGUGACCAGCUGGCCUUUUGCAGUUUUGACUGUGGUAUUUCUCAUUUCAAGACAGCAGCUUUUACCAAGUAACAACAUACUGAAGGGGUUGGUAAACCCAGUCCAUCACGUAUGGGAGGUUGAGACUAUGUCGCCAUGGUUACAGAUGAAAGAAGCUAACUCUUGUGUGCUGAAAAGCUGUGACAUGCUUCCAAAGAGACAUUACAAGCCCAGCGGUGGGCAGGCAGCCUCCAGUAGGAUAUGGGUCUUGCACAAGACUUUCCCAUCUCUUACCUCCACAGACCCAACUCCUAAUUGCACAUGGACCGAGCAUCCUUUGGUGUCGAGGACUUAUAAGAAGUUAGGAAAUGCUGCAUUACAAGGAAACUACAUGUAUAGUGGAACUAUCAUGGAAAUGAAGGAGUUCAUGGACACAUAUGUGACUGUUGUCUUGGCGACUGAAGGAUCAGUCGUUGACCGGAAGUGCUGUCGAAGGACGUUUAGAGAAUGGACUAAAUAUUUAAAGUCGUGGUGGAGGGUACGGUGGAAGGCAUCGCAAGAAGGACAGAUUUGGAUUUGUAGCAGAUUUUAAUACUCUAAACUAGGGCUGUGUGAUUUUGUACAAAAAUAAAAUCCCGAUUUUUUUUUUUUUUUUUUUUUUUUUUUUUUCUCUCUGAAAACCCGAUUUUCGUUUUUUUUUUUUUUGGUAAAACUACAAAAGACAAUGGAAUAAAUUGUUUCAAAUAUUUUAUCUUUAUUUUUAAAGAAAAAUAGCAAACAAAUCUCCCUAUUGGGAAUGAAGUGCAAUUUGAAAGAUACUGUAAAUCCUCCUUGAGUGACAACAUUUACAAUUUUCUUGACCAAACAAAGAUUUCUAGACGAGCUCUGUCUGUAAUGCAGCCAGCGGCAAAAAAGGAAAAUCGAUUUUCCUUUUUUUUAACAUAGUCUUGAUUUAAUAAAUCCGAUUUCAAUUUAAAAUCGAUUAAUCGCACAGCCCUACUCUAAACAUGUUCAUUGUUUACAUCACACCUGUGUGUGUCUGCACUGAUGACUGGAAUACCACUCAGUUUGUCUCUAAAUCCCAUAACCCAGACAAAUGGAUGUUGGCGAGUACUGGACAAUGGGAUAUUUCAAACACAGUACUGUAAAGAGAGGCAUCGCUUCUCCUGUUCAACUACGUCUGCCUAGCAGAUACAUGAUUGUCUUGUUACUGAAUUAGAUAUAUUAUUUUAUAUAUUUUUAUUUUCCUGCUAUUGUUUUUUAAAUAAACUGUAUU